UGGAUUGGAUUUUUACUUCUAAACAAAAUGGAUUAUUUACAGGGAUUUUUUUAAUGGGUGCAUCCUCUAGGUUGGAUUUUGAUUUAGAGAAACACGACUUAUUGUCAUCCUCAAUUAUAACCCCUGUUGGGGAAAAAAUACCCUACAAUUAUCUCACCCGCACCCAUUCUCUCUAGUGGCCAAGUGUUACUCCUACAGAUCCGAAUCAGUGGUGCACCAAGGUGGCUCUUCAUGCCUUUUGCUGGAACAUAUGGGUUGAAUAGGAGAGUCUGUAAUCGAUGAGAUGAAGAUGUUGCGAGAUGCUGCAAAAUACUUAACUUGGAGAGAAGGGUUAAGAAUCAGUUGGUCCUUAUAAUUCGAAUUGUUAGAAGAAAUUUAAUUGUGGAUCAUAUCUAAUUUACUAACAAGGCGAGGACGUACGUAAGGUUCUUUGCAGCUGGCAUCUUGCCGUUUGGUCUUGUAAGGAGUUUCAUUUACUUGCUUCACCUGCUCCUUUUGCUCUUUAAUUAUGAUGUUGUUAUUUUUGUGAGGAGGCGCAAGUCGUAAUCCCCCUUUCACUUCCAUUUCAUUACACUAAUAAUACUAUAUCACCCUUAACCAAAAAAGGGGGGAAAAGUCAAAUUCAUCGAAUUAUUGCCUCGUUCGAGUAAAGCAGGAGGAAAGCUCAGAACGUCGGGAAAGGAGGAUACAAAUCUAUUGACACAAUCCUCUUCGUACAGUGAGAUCAAUACAGUCAAAAUCACUAUUCUACGUAAAAAGCAUUUUGAUGAUCUAGAAAAGGUAAAAACGUAAGCUUCAAAAUCUAAGAAUAUAUCUGAAGUGUAGAGAAGAAACUUUCGCGGAAUAUGGGACCAAAAGGUAAAGCCAGCAUGCAUGGAAUCAACAGAAGGACGUAGUAGCCUUUAUAACAAGCAGCUACUACCCGUACCAAACCUACCACACCUACUUCUGAUCGGCCAAAACCCAGAGCGAGAAGCUUCAAGUUGUUGGCAAUGUCCCUGGACACAGUAGCUGUUAGAAGUUUGUGUUAGCAUUGCUACACAAACUUCUAAUUUCUAACAGUAGCCACCUCCGAAGUCACUAACUUCUACAAAUAUUUAAUAUUUACAUAUUGCUACACAAACUUCUAACUUCUAAUAGUAGCCACCUCCGAAGUCACUGACUUCGUGAUAUCAGAAGGCCAAUGGCUUCACAGGGUUGGUAGAUUCAGGUUUCGCCACUACCCUCCCAACGCAAUACAUCCAGCCCCUGGCAGAGAUGCUCAUCGAAUCCAUCAAAAUCACGCCCUUUAGCUUCAAUAGCCAUCAAUUCAUCGUCGACAUCGCCCAAAAGCUUAACCCGCUUUCCACCCGCCACUCGUAUUCAUAAAUCAAAACAACAUCUAACAUAAACGAAACAACAUGAAUAGUUUAUGAAUGCUAUUAGUAUUCAUGGUGUAAGGAAGUGGUUAAGUACGUACCAUACAUGAGCAUCUUCCAACAACUCGAGUUAUUGGGACCAACGGGUUUAUAAUGACACAACAUUAAAGCUGGUUUGUCAUUGAGAUCAUGUGUUCAAAUCUUCACGAACCCAAAAAUAUUAAUUGUAGUUUUCAAUCACAUUAUAUUGUAUGUCGGACAUGUACAAACUUCACACUCAUAAAAAUAACUGCUACUAUAGACAUCACCAACCACCAAAGACCAAACACCCAUCCGACAGCAAAAACUACACCCCCAUGUCACCGCCAAUCGGAACCUCCACCUUCAACUGGAAACCACCACCGCGCACUAUAACAAUAGAAUCACAUCAGAACCUUACUCUGCACAGAGACCGACCUCGGGAUCUAAGCACAAACCUAAAGACCACAUUGAACAAAAAUGGAAAUUGAAAAUCCACGCACUAAAAAAAAAGGCCAUGUGGUGCAUUAUACGCUUGUUCUUUAUUCUGUUGGAGAGGACAAAACUUUAGGUCGUCCCCAAUGUUAGAGACGACAGUCGUCCCUGAUACCCACUAGUAAUCUUCCAUUUCUUUUUCAUGAAAGAAAAUAUGUCGUUCCCAUAGACAUGGAUUUGGUGACAAUAAAUCGUGCCCUAAACAUUAUAAUUAGCUUGGGGCAAGAUAGUGUCCCCUAUAAUUCAUUUCAUUAGAAUAUUAUGUCUAUUUGGAGAUAAUAUAUUGUCCCAUUUUCUUUUUACAAGGUCGAUAUGUAGUCUCCAUAAGUGUAAAAUUGGAGACAAACAAAUCGUUCCCUAAAGCUUUAUACCAAUGAUCCCUAAUAUUCUAUCUUUGGAGACAACAAAGGAUUCCCAAGGUUGAGGCAGUAUCUCAACUAGUUCAUUCCUUGCGUAAAAAAUGUACACUUAAUAAAAUACAAUAUAGACAAUACUUACCGUUACAGACAAUAAAAAAGAAAAGCCAAUUCGGCUAUGAGGGAAAUGGGUUGUUGCCGGCGGAAAUGGGUUGUUGCCGGUCACGGUAAAAGGUGAAGCCGGCGGCUAUACCCUACUAGAAAUGACCGGAGUUGGUUGAGUUUGCUCAAUUUAUUGUCAUCCGUCAUUCACUCAAAUACAAGCAUGCACGGAGCCAAAACAAGGAUGGCCACAGCCUUUAUUAUAACACGUAACUACCACCAGUACCAAUUACCAAACCUACUACGUUACUACUGUUCGCCCAAGAAGAAGCAUAUAAAUUGGCUUUUAGUAAUCUCUUCCACAUAUAGCAAAUCAUUGAUUCUCUUGAAUCUUACAUUCAAGGAGAUAAAAAAAAAAAAAAAGGGGGAAAAAAAAACUUUGAGAAGCCUCAACUGCUUGGCAAUGUCUCCAGCCACUGCUGUAGCCGCCACCUCCGAAGUCACUGACUUCGUGGUUCACAAAGCCAAUGGCUUGAAAGGGCUGGUAGAUUCAGGCCUCGCCACUACCCUGCCUCCGCAGUACAUCCAGCCGCCGACGGAGAGGCUCGAAUCGAUCAAGAUCGCCACAUCAGCUUCGAUACCCAUCAUCGACGUCUCGAACUGGGACGACCCAAGCGUCCUAGAUUCGAUCUCUGAGGCCGCCAGCAAGUGGGGUUUCUUCCAGAUCGUCAACCACGGGAUACCCUCCCAAGUUCUGAGCAGGGUGGUGGACGCGGCUCAUGCGUUCUACGCGCAGAGCAACGAGGAGCGGCGCAAGUACUGGAAAGGGAGCUCCCUUUCCGACACCGUUUUCUACAGCACCAGCUUCAGCCCUCAGGCGGAGCAGGUGCUGGAGUGGAAGGAUUUCUUGAUCUUUCAGUAUCUCAAAGGGGAUGGCGAGGACGACGAACCCGUUGGUUCCGAGUUCUGGCCCCUUGUUUGCAGGGAUCAAGUGCUUGACUACGUGAAAAGCGCCGAGCCAGUAAUCAAGAAGCUGGCUGAGGUGCUGCUCAAGAAGCUCAAUGUGAAAGAUGUGAACACAGAGAUACAACGUUGUCUGAGCGGUUCGCCGAGGGUCGCUCUGAAUUACUAUCCGAAGUGUCCAAACCCCGAGCUAGCUGCCGGGGUCGGCCGCCAUUCGGACAUUUCGACCAUCACUAUGCUGCUUCAGGACGAUACCGGAGGGCUCUACGUCCGCGAAAUCAAAGAAGAAGACGAAGAGGAAGAGGAAGAAGAAGGGGAAGGUGGGUUCUGGAUUCCCGUCCCGCCGGUGGAAGGAGCUAUCGUGGUGAACGUCGGGGAUGCGAUGCAGAUAAUGAGCAAUGGCGUUUACAAAAGCGUGGAGCACCGUGCGUUUCCCAACAAGACCGGGAGCAGGGUCUCCGUCCCGAUUUUCGUCGGUCCGGCUGGAGAUGCGGUCAUCGGGGUUCUGCCGGAGGUCUUGGAAGGCGGGGAGAAGAAGGCCGCUUACAAGUCGGUCCUGUAUUCGGAUUACACUGCUCAUUUCUUCAGCAAGGGACAUGACGGGAAGCGUACCUUGGACUUUGCCAGGAUAUGAAAGAAAUAAAUUUAAUGCUCUGCUUUUGUGGUACAAAUAAAGAGAGAUGAAAGGCAGAGCAAUGUGUAAUGCAAUGUCGGUAGUAUCAUCUUGGUGUUUUACUUUAUGACCGCUAUUACUUCAAUGCAAUGUAGUCAAAAUCGCGCUUUACAAUUUAAAAAUUUACGAUUUUACGUUUCUAGUUCACUAAAACGCAUCUACACAAAAUCUCAGUUUUUAUAACUUAUGUUGCUAAAAACUCCGUUUUAAAACUUAAAAACUUACGAUUUUACGCUUCUAGAUCACCAAAACGUUUCUAUGUAAAAACUCGCUUUUGACUACAUUGCUUCAAUGUGGGUAGUAUCAUCUUGUUCUGGAAUGCAAAAAUAAAACAAGAAAUCAAUUCAUUUAAAACACUAUCACUUCUAAAAAAACACAAAUAUCAUUAUAGAUAUAAAACAAGAAAUUAAUACCAAAACAUAAAACAUUACUAUUGCUGCCAACACAAAACACUAUCAACACAUAUACUACUUAUUAAUCAAUACCAUUCCAAAUUUAAUUUCAAUAUGAUAACAUAAAUACAAAAAGCAAUACCAUUACACGAUAAUCAAUACCAAUGCGAAAAAAAUACAACUAUGAAAAAAAUCAAUACUAAUAUAAAAAAUACAUACCAAUACGAAAAAAUAAGAUAUGAAAUCCGGUCGAGAGUUGCCGACUCCUCAUAGCUGCUGCACCCGCGGCAAAUUGUUGGCAAGAGAGAGUGAGGGGAGGCGCGGUGGGUAGGGGUGGAAAGUUUGGGUUGCGGGUUGUGGAUAACUCGCAAACCGCACCAACCCGCACCCAUUGUGGGUAACCAUACCCACAAGUUGUGGGUAGUGGGUUGCGUGUAGAUAGCAAUAUAAUGAUUUUGGUAGUUAGUGGUUAUCUAGUACCCAUCGCGGUUAACCCACAAAAUCCACAAUAACCACAUUGAUUAUAUUUAUUUACUGUAUUAACUUUAUAAUAUAAUAGUAUGUGAAAAGUGGAAGGCUAAAAAUUAAAUAGCCACCAAAAUUAAAUACGCACCUAAGCAGUAUUAUGUGAUAAUUUUUUAGUUUAUAAAAUACUAUAAUCGAGAGAGUGUAGAAUAAUCAAUUCAUUAAAAUUGGACACCUUUAGUAACUUUUAUAUGUAUGUUUUUUUGUGUGAAAGAAACUACAAGAUCAUAUUUAAUUGUCAUAUUCCACCCCUAGUCGGUGAAAUAUGACACAGCUCCCUGACACAAAAGUUGAAUACCAAACUCGAAAAGAAAUAUUCUCCACGUUGAGUAAGAUCAAUAUACAAAAUUCUAUCUCCAUGCAAUACAAUUAUAUAGCACUAUAGUCUAGAUACGAACAAUAAAUACGUUAGUGGCGGGCUCAACUCCAUGCUUGCAAAGAUGAAGUUUUGCGGGUAAUCACACCCAACCCGCAGUGGGUAGUGGUUACCCACUAACCACUGCAGUGCGGGGUGUAGGUAGCAAAAUUGCAAAAUUGUGGGUGUGAAUAACAGUAAAAAUAUGGGGAGGGUAACCACAUCCACCCCAAUUUUCAGCCAUAGCGGUGGGGAGGACAGGUGAAGGGGAGUGAGGAGGGAAACACUCGUCUAGAGGAAGAAAAAAAGGUUGGAAGACGUUUGAUUUUAAAGAGUAAUAAUUACAUGUGAGAUAUUUUUUUGUUUUCAAAACUAUACUUAGUAUAAUCUUGAAUGUUAACUUUUUAAGAAAAUGAAAUGUAUAGAGAUUUAUAGCCAUGGUGGCUACUAAAAACACUAACAAUCCUAAUUCCUAACUCAUCCCAAAAUGCGAUUUUAAAGUCACUAUAGCCUAUGUUUGGCCCGACUUUAGAAGUGUUUUUCGGCUUCAAAAGGUUAAGUAGUGCCAAACACCUCUAAAAGCUCGACUUUUGAAAAGCUAAAAGUGUUUUUCUAUUACAUAAAAGAAGAUGCUCUGAUUUGGAGGUUCUGCGAAAAACUGUUUUAAAAAUACAAGAUUAUUCUUAGC